CCUCUUACAUCUCUGUACUCCAGGAGUCCAGAAGGUGUGAGAUGGAUGUAUGGACAGGUCCCAGGGAAGUCCCACGACUCGCCGUGGGCCUGGCUACACAGGGCCCAUAACCCAUCAGACCUGGGCCUUUCACAAAGGUGUGGGUGUAAAGAGCUAUCUAAUUAAUUCUAAUUUGUCUCAAAUUAAUCUACUUACUGGAGGCAUCAUAUGGCCACCCUCCAUUUUAAACCGGGAGCUCCUGGGAUAAAGGUACUGCCAUGAUGGGCCCUCAUUAAAAAAAGAAAGUCAGAAAGCAGAAAAUCAGAAAUGGCAAGGGCAUUAUCUUGUUCCUUACAUGUAAUUUUAUCUAUGUGCAAUAUAUUUCGAUUGCCCAAGCAUAACAAAAUACUAGCUCACCUAGUUUAUGAUAUUAACUCCACCCACUGCAGCUGACAGGAGAACUUUUUAAAGGUUCACAAGAACAGAACUAAUCAGAAAUCACAAGCAAAGUCUCCAGUCAUCUCCCAAAAGAAAAAAGGGAACCCCAAAUUUUGAAAUACAGUCUAUUAAAAUAAAUUGAGUCAGGAAGGCAGGGCACAACAACUUGAAUUCCAAGUGCACUCGUGCAUGCAUCUGCCUGCCAUGAAUAUUACACGCACCACCUUGGCCUGAGACGUGGAAUGAAAGGGAUUCGUUCAUACAGCAUCUGAAAAGGGUGAAAAGUGAAGAAAUCAUAUCUUUCUGGAUACAAUUUUAUUUGGUUCAGCUUGCAUACCAAAGAUGACAGAACAAAACUCUACUUUAGGGCAGGAAUCUAACACUUGGCUGGUCUCUCUUUUAGGAGAACAGCUAAACUUCAUGAUGUAUCCCUUGACAGUGCUAAUGAUUCUGAUAAUAUUAUAUUAUCCUAUAUUGUUUACAUUCUCCUUUCUCUACAUGAGCAGUGCAUUCUAUUAUAUUUGUGGUAAGAUUGGUAAUUUCCCAGACGAUGGCAGUAGCAAGUUAUGGGACAUGCCGAAGCGAACACUGGCAAUUGUGUCAGGUGUGCUGGGAAAAAUAUUGCAUGGUUAUGAGAUUUGUGGAGUAGAAAACCUUCCAAAAGGACCAGCCGUUAUUGUUUAUUAUCAUGGAGGCCUUGCUAUUGAUUAUUACCUCUUUGUACUAGGACUCUAUAGAAUCACAGGGAGAUUCUGCUGUUCUGUGCUGGAUCAUCUCCUUUUUUAUCUGCCAGGUUUAAAACAAUUUUUGCACAUAAAUCAGUGUUAUCAUCCUACAAGAGAGGAAUGUGUGGCAUUUCUGAAGCAAGGACAUUUACUGGGCAUUGCACCUGGUGGAGUUCGAGAGCAGAAUUAUGGAGACAAUACUUACAAGCUUCUGUGGGGGAAACGAAGAGGAUUUGCUCAAAUAGCUAUAGAUGCAAAAGUGCCUGUCAUCCCUGUUUUUACUCAGAAUAUAAGAGAAGGAUACAUAAUAUAUGGAAAUACAAGGCUAACGAGAUGGAUUUAUGAACAAACUCGGGUACUCAGCUUUCCAGUAUAUGGAAUAAUUCCAGUCAAACUGCGAACUCAUAUUGGGCAACCUAUACCAUAUGAUCCCAAUAUAACUGCUGAGGAACUAGCUGAAAAAGCAAAAAUGGCAGUUGAAGCUUUACGGGACAAACAUCAGAGAAUACCGGGAAGCAUCCUGAGAGCCCUUUGGGAACGUUUUGAGGUGCAUCACAAAAGCAAAUAAUCUGAAUAACAGACUGCACUGAUAUCUUUCUUAUAGUGUUGCCUCACAAAUAUUUACUGUACAAAUAUAAAUUAAAGGCUUUUAACAACU